ACUUCCUCACUCCCUCUCUCCUCUCUGCAAUCAAAAGACCACUCUCCAACUCCAAAGCCACUUUCCAUGCUCUUUCUCUCUCUAAAAUUCCCCCUCUUUUAGAGAGAGAAAAUGGGGCUCUCCUUCUUUGUCUGUUCCCUUCUCUCUCUGCUGCUCCUCAUUCCAUUCUCGUGCUCGCUAACACCAGAUGGUCUCUCUCUUUUGGCCCUUAAAUCAGCAGUGGAUUCGGACCCUAACCAGGCUUUCUCAGACUGGAAUGAGAACGAUACCACGCCGUGCCACUGGUCUGGCGUCUCGUGCAUGGCGAUCCUGGGAAAUUCAGAUCCUAGGGUGGUCGGGAUCACGAUUUCGAACAAGGGUUUACACGGCUACAUCCCCUCUGAACUCGGUGCCCUAGUCUAUCUCAGGCGCCUCAACCUCCAUGGAAAUCAUUUCGCAGGCUCAUUGCCUUCUCAGCUCUUCAAUGCUUCCUCCCUCCAUAGCCUCAUUCUCUAUGAUAACAAUUUUACUGGGAGCUUGCCCCCUGGUUUAUGCCGGCCCCCUCGUCUCCAAAACCUGGACCUCUCUCAUAAUGAUCUUGGCGGCCCCCUCUCGCCGAAUAUUUCACAGUGCAAGCAACUCCAGCGCCUGAUUCUAGCGGGGAAUCGAUUUUCGGGCGAGAUUCCAGCAGGGCUGGGAUCGAGCCUUAAGAACCUUGUCCAGCUCGAUCUCUCAUCGAAUCUCUUCAAUGGCUCCCUGCCUCCCGAUCUUGGUGACCUGGGCUCACUUUCAGGUACGAUGAAUCUAUCGGAAAAUCAAUUUUCCGGCGAGAUUCCGGCGAGUCUAGGUCGGUUACCUAUCACAGUGAGCCUAGACUUGAGAUCAAAUAAUUUGAGCGGACAAAUACCACAACAGGGCUCAUUAACAAACCAGGGUCCAACGGCCUUCUUAGACAACCCAGGCCUCUGCGGCUUCCCCUUGCAGAACCCUUGCCGCAAUUCUCCAAUCUCCGGCCAGCGGAUUCCAGCUAUCACGCCCGAAGCCAGCAAACACAUUCAGAAGGGGAUGAAGCCCGGCAUUAUCGUCGCGAUCUCAGCUGCCGAUGCCUUGGGGGUGGCGAUGAUCGGGGGCUUAAUCGUGUUCAUCUAUUGGAGAGCUAGAGAUAACAAGGGGAGCUGUAGCUGUACCGGGAAAGAGAAGCUCGGACGGAAUCACGUCGCCAGAAAGUGGUUUUGCGGCAAGAAUCGGGGCAAUGCGACAGAGAGUGGGUCAGAGAAGGGAGGAGAAGGCGAACUAGUGGCGAUCGAUAAAGGGUUUCACGUGGAAAUGGAGGAAUUGUUGAGGGCAAGCGCCUAUGUACUGGGUAAGAGUAGUUUGGGGAUUGUUUACAAAGUGGUGGUGGGGAAUGGGAUUCCGGUGGCGGUGAGGCGGCUGGGGGAGGGCGGAGCGCAGCGGUUCAAAGAGUUCGAGGCGGAGGUGGAGGCAAUUGGGAAAGUUAGGCACCCCAAUGUUGUGAGGCUGAGGGCGUAUUAUUGGGCGCCCGACGAGAAGCUUCUCAUCUGCGAUUACAUAUCAAAUGGCAAUCUCAUCACUGCGCUGCACGGUCGUUCCGGCCAGGCUCCCGCAAACCUCCCAUGGCCUGUCAGGCUCAAGAUAGCGAAGGGCACUGCCAGGGGGCUUGCCCACCUGCAUGACUGUAGCCCACGAAAGUAUGUCCAUGGUGAUAUCAAACCCUCCAAUAUCCUUCUUGAUUCCAACCUCAACCCAUAUAUCUCCGAUUUCGGCCUUAGCCGCCUUUUCGGAAUCACCGGAAAUCCCAAUGCCAACAUUUCUGGGGGCUACCUUGGCAGCGUCCUCCCAUAUGCAAGGACCCCGUCUGUCUCUGCAAAAGGUGGAGAUUGGUCAGGCACGACUGCAGGCACCUCAAAGAGCUUCACCGAUUGCUAUAAAGCCCCGGAGGCUCGAAUUGUUGGGGCUCGGCCUGCCCAAAAGUGGGAUGUUUACUCUUUUGGUGUAGUUCUCUUGGAGAUGCUUACUGGAAGGUCACCAGAAGCUCAAUGGGCAGCCACAGGAGAGGAGUUGGUUUCUUGGGUGAGGAAGGCUUUUGAAGAGGAGAUGGCACUCUCGGAGAUUGUGGAUCCGGCAUUGCUUCGGGAAGUUCAUGCCAAGAAGGAGGUUCUUGCUGCAUUUCAUGUUGCUUUGACAUGCACAGAAGCAGAGCCGGAAGCUCGACCAAGGAUGAAGAGUGUGUCUGAUGCAUUGGAGAAGAUUGGGUCUUCGUCAUACUCGUGUUAACAUUCUCCACUGGGGGAGCUAUUGUUUUUCCCUUAGAUGCGAGCUUCUUCUUCUCUCUCUUUCAAAUUUUUAUGUCUUAUUUGGCUUUCUAAAUUUUUUACUGAUUAAUGUAUUUUUCAUUAAUAACUAGAUGUCUGGAGCAGGUUUCAAAGGCUUCAAAAAGAAUUCCAUGGGAACAAUUCCCUGAAAAUGACAUUCUCUCGAGAAAGAAUAGCUUUGCUUAGCAAAUAAGAUCUACCAUUCCAUGUGAUUAA